CCUUUCAUUUGUGGACUGGACUUGAUCAUUGUCAGAAAUGAACCAGCCUGCCUGGGUGUUUCAGUAAGAAUGUGUAUCAGUCAGUUUAGGCAUGGGAUGCACUCCGUCGAAAUCUAAAACUACCUACACCAACAAUAAAAUCUGGAGAGACUUUGAUACAAGCUCCACCAUUCUUUCUGGCCUAAAAAGUUCUGUAUCGACUCCUGAAAGGCCACCUCAGCGAGCCUCUUUAGAAAGCAACAAAAUUGGUCAAAACCUUUUGAGUGUUCCUUGUCACGACUAUGCUGGUCGAAGAUUAAGCCAGUUGAGCAGUCCUGAUGUGUGGAGCCCAAUGUCCAGCCACAGCAGCAGCAGCCCCCUCAUCAAACCUCGACAAAGACUGAAAGCAAACAGCAGUGAUAUGGACUCCUCUGACAGUGAAUCUCCUGGCCUUUAUAAAAGUACAGGAGCUCCGAGUGCUCAGUGCAGAGACAUGCAGCCAGGUCAUGGUGUUCCAGCUUCAUCAAGCACGCCUGUCUACAGUGUUAACAUCACUGUGGGCACCUACAGACUGGGCCAGACUGUCUCAGUAAAAAUAACGGGAGGUCCAUACAAAGGAUUUCUUCUGGAAGCCAGGGAAGGACAUACUUCAAAUAUUGUUGGGAGCUGGAAUUCUUCCUCAAAUGCCAUCAAAUUUUUAAAUUGUGUCUCAAAAAAUGAUGCUUUGACACAUGCUGAUAACAGCCAGAAAUCAGACUUGGCUUAUCAGUGGAAGCCACCAAACUCCAAUCUUCCAAACACUGUCAUAUUUCAUGCAACCGUUGUUCAGAGUAAAGAAGUUUUCUGGACUAUGCUCAAAUCACCUGAGCUUCUUCUUGAGAAUGUGACUUUGAGUUCAAAUUCUAAUUCAACAAUUGGCUCUGCGUCGAAGACAGCACCAGUGUCAUUAACAUUGAUUCUGACUUGUCUUUUGAAUUUCCUUUUUGUAUUAUGUUUCCAAAGACAGCUUUGUCCAGUAUAAAGAUAGUAAUAUUAAAGUAUAUAAAUGUCACUUGAGAAAUUUGGAAUAAAAUGAAACCCCAAAAAGGACUCUAUCUAUCUAUCUAUCUAUCUAUCUAUCUAUCUAUCUAUCUAUCUAUCUAUCUAUCUAUGUCAAAAAUGAUGGGCUUAUUAACGAACACAAAGUGAAGAAACAGUCUUAUAAAGUAUCAAAUAAAGAAACACAAAAGUAAAUCCUUACACCAGCCAUGGCUUCUUUUUAGUAGAGACACUGGUUGGGGCCCUGCUGCCUUUUUUAAUUAAUGAUUUCUUUCUGACUUCUAAAAAAACACUAUACGGUUUCUUGCAAAGAAAAUAAUAUAUAUAUAUAUUUUUUAGUUUUAUGUAAUAUAUUAUUUUGCAAAUGAGUUACUGUACAAGGAUUGCAUUAAAUUUCUUCCAGAUGACCAAAAUUACCUGAUGUGCUAACAAUGUAAUUUAGAAAACCAAAUGUUUAUCACUUGAUAGUCUAAGUUCAACAGCAAUAACUACAAACACUGCUAUAAAAGGAUCUGGAAUUAUUGUAAAUCUGAUGCUAUCUGAUAAUAAGAAAAUAUCUAUGCCCUUGAACAAUAAAUGUCUUAGAACGGCUGGAGCUGAAAGGCAUUGCUGAAUCCCUGAUAUACAUUUUUUGUAGUGGACGAUAUGCAUGGGCGAGCCACCCUAUCGGGAUGGGUUCUUGUCCUUUACCUGGCCGGGAAACCAAUGUAUUGGAGAGUGCAGGGGGAACAAUGGAACAAGACAACACUCUCCCCAAAUACACUAGGAAGCAGCAUCCCUGGGCUGUGGUGCCCAUUCGAACACCUGUGGGGUAUCCCAGGAAAUGUAGUCCCAUGGGUCAACCCAGUUAGGUCCUUUGGGUGCUGCCAAGGGGUGCUAUAGGAAUUUUCAUUCUCUACUUCGUAGUACUUCCGAAUGACCCAGAAGUACUUCCAAUGGAUCAUAUCCUAGUCGUGUUGCUUCACCCAGGCGAGUUGGAGUUGGUAGAGGAGCUGGAAAACACUCAACUGAGAGUAGCGGAGGAAACAGAGGAGAAGGAAGGGAAAGCAUUGUAUUGUAUUGUAUUGUUUUACUGUGCUAUAUUGUGCUCACUCAGAAGAAGCCUGUAAAAGGUACUUUGUUAAUUAAAAGUAUGCAUUUUGAACGUGUUUGGGAUUUGGUGGUGCUGUCUAAUUUAUGAUUUUCAGGUGAAUUACAGUGUGUUUGCACAAAUUGAUGAUGAAUGAGUAUUGUGAAUGAUCAAAUUGCACUCCUUACCUGAAAUAUUAAAUAGAGAGGUCUUUAUCCCAACAAAUGUUUAAGAUUGGCUACUGGUAAACUGAAUAAGUCGGGACCUGCUACUAAUCUUUUUCUUAUGAGUAAUCAAAAUAUUUUGAACAUGAGUGUUGAUGGAAGAUUUGUUUAGUUAGGCAAAUUUAUAUUUUACACUUGGAAAUGAAAAAAAGCUUGCUGAGAAAACUCCAUAUUUACAACAGAGUUCAUCAAAAUGUACAAACAAGAUCUAUUGAAGGCUAAGAUAUCAAAUAACUUCCAUGUACUAAAAUCUGUGUAAUUGAGGGGAACUGGAAUGUAAAGUUGUUCUGUAAUGGAUAGCAGACGCCAGUGUCACUUUCUUCAAAGGUUCCCUAUAUUGGUUCCAUUAGCGUACAUACUGAGUAGGUAGGCUUCCAAAUAUGCACUUUAUGUUUUCAUGUUAUUAUGUCUUGUAAUUUGAGAGCAUGUGAAAUUUUGAUCUUGAAAACAAGUUAAUGAGUUCUCUGCACAGCAGAAGUGCACAUCAUAAUUGCCACUAAUUAUUUCAAGCUAAUGACAUAAUUGCCUUUGGAAACUAAACUUGUGUAUGUACAUAAGGAAUUGCAGUAGAUACUGCAAUUUAAUGGCCUCCCACUUCCAUUCUUGGCUUGUAUUAUUUCUCAAUAAAAUUGCAGUU